AUUCAUUGCAAACCACACUUAUAUUAUUCCUAGUCCCGAGUGCACGUAUUUCGUAAUACCACUUCGUAUCACUUAGUACCACUUCGAGAUUAAGAACAAAAUGGCGGAAAAAUUAAUAUAUCCGUAUGAGAUCAAAAACGUCACGGAAGAAGAAGAUAAAGUGGUGAAAAAAUACUAUAAAGACUAUAUUCGCCCGUUCAUCCGUGUCGGGCCUCAUGGGUACUUCUCGAUGGCGGGUUUCGGUGACCACGCUGCAGACAUCUACAACCUUGAAGUGAGACCCGAUGAUAUCUGGGUCGUCUCUUUUUCUAGAUCAGGUACCACGUGGCUACAAGAACUGGCGUGGUUGGUUGCUAACGAUCUGGCUUACGAUGGUGCUGAGUCCACAUCACUUACAAAAAGAUACGCAUUUAUUGAAUAUCCUACACAGGCUUCAGAAAUAAGAAAAGGAGAGCCAUCAGUUAACAGCCAUCAUCGAGCUACAUUCGAUGACUUCAGAAAUCUCCAUACAUUGACUUCGCCGCGUUUUAUUAAAACUCAUCUGCCGCUGUCUCUAUUGCCGCCGAAGUUACUCGACACUGCCAAGGUACUAUACAUAGCCAGAGAUCCUCGCGACGUCGCCGUGUCAUUCCAUUUUAUGCACAAACUAUUCAGAUAUUUCGACGAAGGCGUCACAUUCGAAGAGUUCUGGGAACUCUUUAAGAAAGACUUGUUGCUACACAUGCCAAUAUUCCCGCACAUAGAGGAGGCUUGGGCGAAACGAGAUCAUCAAAAUAUGAUGUUUUUGUUCUACGAGGAAAUGCAAAAGAAUCUACGAUCUGUAAUCGAUAAAGUAUCCAAAUUCCUCGGCAAAGAAUAUACACUCGAACAAAAAGAGAAAUUGGCUGAAUAUCUUAGUUUCGAAAACAUGAAGAAAUCAUCUGGUUUUAAAUUUGGCAAAUCGGACAAUAAGGACAACGAAGUAACAUUUAUGAGAAAAGGUAAAUCUGGCAACUGGAUUAAUUAUUUUAAUACGGACAAAAUGAAGGAAGAGGUUGACGAAUAUUUUGAGAAACACAUGAAGAAUUCUGACCUACGCUUCCCAGAAAUCAAUUAAGAAGAUAUUGAUGUUUCCGUUUUUUUUUUGUAAUUUACGAUCAAUACAAUUUUAUUAAACAAUAAACAUUAUUUAUUUACGGU